AUGACAGAACAUAUAUUUUUGCCUAUAAAUCGCGAACUGUUGGAAUUUUACUGUUUUUAUGUGGGCGUUUUGGUUUUUAAAUGUAUUGUCAUGAUAGCUCAAGUUGGACUAAGUCGAAUUUAUUACGGGGUUCCUAGGAAUCCUGAAGAUGGUGCCCCAUUCAAAGCAAAGGUAUAUACCAAUGAACUGGUAGAAAGAAAUAGAAGAGCCCAUCAGAAUGAUCUAGAAAACAUACCCUUCUUUAUCGUGAUUAGUUUUCUAUAUAUUUUGACCAAUCCCUCAUUGGAGCCUACGCAAUGGAUAAUUAGAACGUACGUCAUAUCCAGGAUUGUCUACACUUUUGUGUACACGGUGUUGAAAUCGAUCUGGAGGAUUCCUGUUUACGAAGUGGGACUCGUCAUCAAUUUUUAUCUGGCCGGAAGUGUCGUUUACCAUUUUAGUGGUGCUAGUAAAUAA